AUGACAAAUAAGGCAUACAAUAGUCCAAAUGAAGUAAGUGAGAAAAACCAAAAUGAAGCAAGUGAUACAAGUGACGUAGAACAGGAAACUUGGGUAAAUAAAGCAGGUCAAGAAAACAAAGGAAGUAAGGCCAGUGAAGCAAAUAAAGGAAGUGAGAGCUCUUUUGAAGCAUUAAGUCAUAAUAGAGAAAAGGCAAAUAACUUAGAUGUAAUUUUAGUAAAAGUAAAGGAUUCGUUAAACAUUGCAAUGGAAACAGACAAAGUGAUGAGAAAAAGAACAAUCUACUGCCGACAUUCUGGUCAAUAUAAAGCAAAAAAUCUAGAAAAUCCUGGAACAUCUGUUAGACAAGAUUGUCAGUGGUAUAUUAAUCUUUCACGACCAUUUAAACAAAACCCGAAUUCACUUGUUUAUAUAACAACAUUA